AUGGACAUCGUUUAUCACCCCGGCAAAAACGGAACUGCGCCCUCGGUAGAAUUCUAUCCAUACACACCAUCUGCCACAGCUGGGUAUGCCUUCAUGGGAAUUUUUGGGGUUUCAACCCUCGCCCAUAUCGUGUUGAUGUUUCCUUUCCGUGCUACCUAUUUUAUCCCACUGGUGCUAGGAGGAAUUUGCGAGACAUUUGGCUACUACGGCCGAGCAUGGUCACACCAAUCUCGAUUUGAGAUCAAAUCUUGGGCCUUGCAGGAGAUGCUCAUUCUAUGCGCACCCCCUCUUGUAGCAGCCACUAUCUAUAUGGUCCUCGGCUGCAUUGUCCGCUCCUUCGGCGCUGAACAUCUUUCAAGCCUGCGUCCCAAAUGGCUCACCUUUGUCUUUGUUAUGAAUGAUGUGCUCUGCUUUUGUACACAGUUGGGGGGUGCGGGUGUCCAAGUUACUGGGGAUCAGCAGGUGAUGGAAAUUGGCAAAAAGGUCGUUUUGGCUGGCUUGAUCUUCUCCUCGGUUGUCUUUGCCUGUUUUAUUCUGAUCGUGGCCAACUUUCAUCGGCGUCUUCAGCGAAGGCCUACACUUCUUCUUAUUGAGAACCCCGAUCUACCUUGGCAGCGAUACAUGUGGGCAAUCUACACUUCUUGCUUUGCAUUGAUGCUGCGCAAUCUGGUGCGGACUAUUCAAUUUGAAGCCGGUCAUACAACUGAUAUCAACACCAAGGAGGUCUAUAUCUAUAUUUUUGAUGCUUUUUUGAUGUUUUUUACGAUGUUUGUGCUGAUCAUUUAUCAUCCGGGUCGGCUUAUCAAGAAGGCACGUCGCCUGACCAAAACCCUCGCCAGAGAUGGGAAUUCUGAUUUGCUUUUGAAUGGAUGUGAAAUGGGCCAGAUACUUACCAAGUGA